AUGGAAGAUAAGUUAAUUCUGUCCGUGUUUAACUUUCCUGAACUUUACAACGCGACGCUCCCGAACUACCGCUGCACGCAGAGCCGUGCGGCGGCGUGGAAGAGCAUCAGCCUGACGCUAGGGCUGCCCACCGACGAAUGCAAAAAGAAAUGGAAGAACAUGAGAGACCGGUACCUGAAGGAGGUGCGUCUGGAGGUGAAGAGCCGCUCCCUGCUCUCGGAGCCGGUGCAGAGCCGCUGGAGGUACAGGCAGCUCAUGAACUUCAUCGCUCCCUUCACCGGCUCCAGGGUCAGCCUCAACGACAUGUGCCCUGAGGACGAGCCGGAGAACCAAGACCCGGAACCAGGAAGCGCCCAGGGCCUCACCGGCACCGCAGACACCAUCAAGACCCCGCGCUCCGGAGCCAAAGCCAUCCCACACACCGACACCAAGCCUCGCAUCGCCUCUGUGCCGCAGGACCCUCAGGCCUCCAAGAUCUCCUCCAGCAUCUCCCCCAUCGUCAACAAACCAGGACGCAAGAGACGCUACGCCCAGCCCGAGAGGAGGACCAGCGCCGCCGCAGACCAGGGCGCUCCGGAGACCAGCGACACGACCAGAGAUGAGGACCAGCUGUUCCUGCUCAGCUUCGUACCAGCGCUGAAGAGACUUGCUCCUCAGAAACGCUGCGAGACCAAGAUGAGGAUCCAGCAGCUGCUGUACGAGGCCGAGUUCAACGUGUGCGAGGCGGAGAGAGAGGCCCAGGACUGA